AGAGGCAAUUAAUAGCAUGUCACUUUACCAGGAAAUGAACAGAGCAAGAAGACCGUUCAAAUUGACCAGGUUACAAAGUGUGACAGCUGGCUCAGCGUGCACUUUUUGAAUGUAUAUAUAAUUGCAACUUUUGGAAAGAUAUUUAUAGAUUGUUGGACUUGCUGAUUUGGUAGACAGUUCUGCUUAACAUAUAUUUUGUUUUUGUAAGCUACUUUAAAAAGGCAACAAUAUUACUGUAUUUUUUGUGUCCAUUUGUUUUUUGUUUUUGCAUAUUUGAUUACACAAAUGCAUAUCAAUCUACUUUCUGAGAGCAUUUUUCUGUAGCCUGGUCAACUCGUCAGUUACACUUAUCCCGCAUGACGACGCGCUCAUUGCCUCACGAUUAUUGAAGAAGGAACGAACGAGAAGUGUCUCCUCUGCUAUUUCUUCUCUGGACUGGAGGGUUAUUACCAGAAUAUCUACGCGGUUUAUCUGCACUUUGGUGGAUUUCGCUUGCAUUGUAAAACUUCAUCAUCUGGCCUUCUGACAAGAAACACGAAAUGAAACCCUUUGCUUCGUUUGUCAUCCAGAUUGCGGUGACGUUCCAACUUCAGCUUUCACCUGCUCAGAUUACGCCCUCAUCCAGCUCAAACAGCACAACUGGAGUGUUAAUGUUCCAGGAGGUGUGGGGUCGUAGUUUCUGCCGGACCAUAGAGAAGCUGGUGGAGGUGGUCCAGGAGUACCCCGGGGAGGUGGAGCACAUCUAUAGUCCCUCCUGUGUGCCCCUGGUGCGCUGCGCUGGUUGCUGUGGCGAUGAGAAUCUGGAGUGCCAUCCUACUCAGACCUCUAAUGUCUCCAUGCAGUUGUUGAAAAUCAAGCCAGGGGAACAGGGUCAAGAAUACGUUGAGAUGUCUUUUGUGGAGCACCAGACAUGUGAAUGUAGAAUCAGGAAGGCUGUGGUGAAAAGUGAAAGGAGGAGACAAAGAGGAAGAGGAAGAAAAAGAAAGGAGAGACAGAGAGUGAAAGAUUGUGACAGGUGUCAGCCCCCUCGCAGGUAACUGCAGUAGCAGCCCUACACCUGUUGCAACCGGCAUCUCUAUUUAUUCUCUGCCCAGCGCUAACAGUAUCAAGAGUCUUCUAAACACAAUACUGUGUCUCUCUGCACCUAGAGACUCAAUCAGCUGGGUUGUUAUGGUGACUGAGAGGCCCUCCAGCCUAGGGGAGUUUUUCUGACUUAAGUUCUACAGGAAGCACAUGUUGCUGGGUGAACAAAACACCUUGGUGACAACUGACCUGACAGACGUUUCUGUGAAGCAGUGCAAUGGAGGACCAAACUUUUUAAGGUUUUAGACUAACAAUCAUGAUGGAUAUGUUUGGCAUUAUUACAUGAUUAUUAUUGUUUAGUGUUGUUUUUUAUUGCUGUGGUUGUUUUUGCUGGUGAUCCCAUUUAAAAAUAAUAGGUCUACUUAUGAAUAAAUGUUCUAUUCAUGAAAUUGCAAUGUUGUUUUAAUAAAUCUUUAGGACUAACCGACUAACCAAAUACUUGUGGUCCUCUCAUGGCACGUAGGUUCCUAAGUAGACUAGCAACUCGUUUUCACAACUGAAUGAGUCAUAUUUAACUUUUUGUCUUGUGGUAUAAAACUUUGUACAAUCAUACAUGGACUAUGGAUUAGUACAGUUAGUGCUAUCCUUCAGGGUUGGGUAAGUUACUUUCUCAUUGUAAUCUGUUACAGUUACUAGUUACUGGUCCAAAUUUGUAAUCAAUAACGUAACUUUUGGAUUACCCAAACUCAGUAACGCAAUCUGCUUCCCAUUAAGAGGCAUUAGAAGAAGACCAAAAGUAUCCAUCAAACGCAUUUGGUGUGUCAUCAUAGUGGUCUCUGACUUGUAGACCGACUCGCUCAGGUGGAACAAACUUAAACUUGCACCUUUUUUCAAUUUUGAAUUGAAUGUCAUUGAGAAAACAGAAAUGUGUAAUUUACAUAUUCACAAACAUCCUUUCUGAAUUUAAAGUAAUCCAAGAAGUAAUCAUCUAGUUUUUCAAAAGUAUCUGUAAUUGGAUUACAAUAUUUUUGCUGGUAGCUGAUUACAGGUUAAAAAAAAUGUGUAAUUGGACUGCGUGUAAUCAGUUACUCCCCAACCCUGCAAGCCUUAAGUGGAGACCAGGAUGUACUGAGCGCUCAGUAGACACUGCAUCAGUAACAGGACUAUACUAGUAGAAUAUCUCCCUCCAGUGGUUACAGAGGGAAUUUUCAGAUUAAUGUAUUUACAUAAAAGACAAAGGUUUGUUUAGUAUUAAGUCACAGGAGUCUGCUGAGGGGAGGACGGCUCAUAUGGCUGGAAUGGAAUGGUAUCAAACACAUGGAAAACGUGUUUGAUGUGUCCGAUACCAUUCCAUUGAUGACUUUUCAGCCCGUCCUCCCCAAUUAAGGUGCCACCGACCGCCUGUGGAUUAAGUAUAUAAUGAUAUUAUUGAUAUAAUAGGUACAGUUAUAUGUCUAUUGUCUUUUUUUCCAUAGGACAAUGUGUUGGUAUGCCCCUGUGAGUUUGUACGUUUAGGGAAUUAAAUAGUGACAUCAUAAAAGGACUAUGAAAUCAACAUACAUGUAAGGCUAUGCAAUAUACUGUAACAUACACAUCGUAUCAUUCAUCUUAGUGUUAAAAAACCUGGCACCAAGUCAUUGACCAUGUAGCAUAAUAAUGAAUAACUCCAAAGCAAGUAGACCUAUACUCCAGUAUCAAUGUAAGGAGCUGCAUUAGAACGAGCUACGUUAAACCAAUUUAGGCAACUGACUGGUUGCUGUGAAAAGGGCCUACUGGACCAUAUCAACUCUGUUAAUAUUUUAACCUGCUGAUCAAGACCCUCAGAGUAGGUGGGCUCCUUGUUUCUCUAUUUCAUUUAUAGGCCUGUAACUUCUGCUGUCGUUAUUCCUUGACUUAUGGCGUCAUUGUGCCUUUUCAGACUAGUUUGUCAUUAAGAAAUGCAGUAUGUCAAAAUACAAUGGAUGUUUCUGAUUGUCUCACAGCUGAACCAAAGAAUAAAAUGAGUUGCUGCUC